AUGACUACUCCAAAGCUUUUUCUCUUCCUCUUCCUCUUCACGUCAACGGUCAUCAUUCUCUCACGUGCCGACCUCCCCGGCACGUGGAAGCUUCUGGUGGCCGACGCUGGAAUCGCCUCAAUGCACACAGCCGUCACCCACUUCAACACAGUCGUUCUCCUCGACAGAACCAACAUCGGUCCAUCACGCAAACUACUUCCUCACCGCCGGUGCCGCCACAAUCCCAGCGACUGCUACGCCCACUCAGUCCUCUUCGACCCAGAAACUAAUUCAAUUCGACCACUCAUGAUCCUCACUGAUACAUGGUGUUCCUCUGGCCAGUUCCUGCCCGACGGCACUCUCCUCCAAACCGGCGGUGACCUCGAUGGGUUCAAAAAAAUCAGAAAAUUCACUCCCUGUGAACCCAAUUCUCUGUGUGACUGGCAAGAGCUUGGGGACGUUGAGCUUGUUGAUGGUAGAUGGUACGCGACUAACCAAAUAUUACCAGACGGUUCAAUUAUCGUCGUCGGCGGCCGAGCAGCUAAUAGCGUAGAGUUUUAUCCACCGAGAAAAGGUGGCGCCGUACAAUUUCCGUUUCUCGCUGAAAUGGGGGACAAUCAAAUGGACAAUCUUUACCCAUACGUUCACUUACUUCCAAAUGGUUACUUGUUCAUCUUCGCAAACAGCAAAGCUGUUUUGUAUGAUUACAAUGAAAACAUCGUCGUUAAAGAAUACCCACCGUUAGACGGUGGCCCACGGAACUACCCGUCGGCAGGAUCGUCUGCGAUGCUGGCUUUAACAGGGGAUUACUCAGUAGCCACCAUUGUUGUCUGUGGUGGAGCACCGUAUGGCGCUUAUCUUGAGCGGAAUACUGAUUCCCCGGCACAUGGUAGCUGUGGACGGAUCGUUGCGACCCAAUCCGACCCGGUAUGGGAAAUGGAGGACAUGCCAUUCGGGCGGAUCAUGGGUGAUAUGGUGAUGUUACCAACUGGUGAGGUUUUGAUCAUCAAUGGCGCACAAGCAGGUACUCAAGGGUUUGAAAUGGCUUCCAACCCGUGUCUCUACCCGCUUCUCUACAGACCAGAUCAACCACUUGGACUCCGGUUCAUGACUUUAAACCCAGGGUCGGUGCCAAGAAUGUACCACUCCACCGCCAAUUUAUUGCCGGACGGUAGGGUUUUGAUCGCCGGUAGCAAUCCCCAUUACUUUUACAAGUUCACCGCCGAAUUUCCGACUGAAUUAAGAAUUGAAGCGUUUUCGCCGGAGUAUUUAUCCGCCGAUAAGGCCAAUCUAAGGCCAAUUAUAGUGGAAACGCCGGAGGUGUUAAGGUAUGGAGAGGUGUUUCAUGUGUUCGUAACAGUGACUUUGCCGGUGGUGGGGCUGGUGGAGGUGAACUUUGCGAGUGCGCCUUUUGCGACCCACUCGUUCUCUCAGGGGCAAAGGUUGGUGAAGCUGCCGGUGACGAGUGCUGUGCCGACCGGCUAUGGAAGGUAUAGGAUUGGUUGUACGGCUCCUCCGGAUGGAAAGGUGGCGCCGCCUGGGUAUUAUAUGGUGUUUGCUGUUAACCAGGGUGUGCCCAGUGUCGCAAGGUGGAUCCAAGUAGUUUCCUGAUUUUUUCU